AUGAAAGACGUCAGGCAAGAUCUGCCUAUGUCUAUGACCAUGGCCGCAUUUACGGGAAUCUCCUGGUGGCUCGGGCUGGAGGUCACCGCGUCCUUAUUCCUGACCUUCAAGCGCCGCCGAGGGCUAUACUUCUGGUCCUGCGCACUCGUUUCAUGGGCGAUCAUCCUCCAACCACUUUUUAUCAUCCUCGCCGACUUCCACGUCUGGACGGAUUCCAUCCCCUCCAUCACCAUGAUCUACCUCACCUGGCUGAUCAUGGUCGUUCCGCAAAGUUGGAUCCUGUACUCACGACUCCAUUUGCUGGUGCGCAACGCAACCAUGCUCAGGACGAUCAAAUUGAUUCUCCUUUCCAACUCGGUCGCGUUCUCGAUACCGACCAUCGCGAUCGGUGUUAUGGCUCAAGCCACGAGUAUCAACCGCGCGCUCUCCUCCGCCAACCUCAUCUGGGACCGUGUGCAGCUUGCCGUCUUCCUGAUCCAAGAAACCACCCUCAGUAUCCUAUACAUCUUACAAACGCGCAAGUUCCUGCGCGGCCGCGCGCCGCUGCGCGAACGCGCUUGGGCAUCGUAUAGUACACGACCGGGUUCUGACCUUUACAGCGCCGACCCUAACCAGGAGAACUUUCGAGAGCAGGCUCAGGUGCUGCGGCAGCUGAUCUACGCCAAUAUACUGAUCAUCGUGCUGGACUUCACACUGUUUGGAAUCCAGUGCGCCAAUAUGUUCUACUUGCAGGGGGCAUUGAAGCCGUGUGUCUAUGGUGUCAAGCUCAAGAUUGAGUUUAUCAUCUUGAAUCGGCUGCGGGAGAUCAUCUUGCGUCCAGCCAGUCGCGGCAUAUACCUCCGGAGUGAACAGGCGAGCAUCCGAUUAGUAGGUGGGAAUGGACUCAGGUCUGAUGCUGCCGAGGAGCCGGCUUCCGACCGUGCGAGAAUACAGGCGAAAUGA